GAUGUAGUUAAGUACUUAAAAGCUGUUUUCCAUAUAUAUUCAGCAUAUUCUGAAAUUAAUGUCAUCAUAAAAUUGAUAAAUUGCCACAAAGGCGUUGAACGUGAACAGUUUCAUCGAGUGGUACAAACUGAAACUAGACGGCACUUGACCCUGUAGUUGGUGGUGAUGGGCCAGAGAGCAAAGAAAUAAGCUGCUUAGGGCGCCCGAAUGUUGUUAUGGGCGGAUCUUACUCGUGUGGUGGUAAGAUGUCAGACGAUACUGAGCUACCUAUUUACCAUGAGCGGCAGGUAAAGGAACUGUGUGCUCUACACGCCUUGAACAACCUGUUCCAAGAUAAGAAUGCCUUCUGUAAAAAAGACCUGGACGACAUCUGUCUCAGACUGUCUCCAGAUAAUUUCAUUAAUCCCCAUCGCAGCUUGCUGGGCCUGGGAAAUUACGAUGUCAAUGUCUUAAUGGCAGCUAUCCAGACAAAAAAUUGUGAAACUGUAUGGUUCGAUAAAAGAAAGAAUAUUAAAUGCCUUCUACCAGAAAACAUUCAGGGAUUCAUCCUCAACACCCCGUCAGAAUACAAAUGGGGGCUGCUACAUUUCCCAUUCAAGCGGAAACACUGGAUCGCAAUCCGUAAAAUAAAAAACAUUUAUUACAACCUGGAUUCCAAACUCGACUCCCCAGAAACCAUUGGAGACGAGGAAUCUCUGUUUUCGUUUUUACACAGAGAACUCAAAAACGGUGAAAAUGAACUUUUAAUCGUCGUGAGUCAGGAUGUGGAGCAAGCAGGGGCGUGGAGGAGGGACAGUGAUGUCACGACGGCAAACGUGUCCAACGGGAAAAACCCGCAAGAUGGACAGGAUGUACCUACCUCAACAGCAACACUACAACCUCUGGACGACCUCUAGCCAGAGACCGUGUAGCAGUGCUUAAUUUUAUGUUCAGGGCUGUCAUGUUUUUUGAUACUCCUAUUUUGUUCCCUGUUAAAAUAGAUUUGUUAUCUUUUUUUCUAAGUGACAUUUAGCUUUUCUUGUUGUGAAUACAUAAAUAAGUAUGUGUACUAUAACACUUCAGUGAUUCUGUUACAUAAUCAGCAAGAACAUACACUUGAGUGUAGUAAACUGUGAAACACUU